AUGGGGCGAAAGCUGCAUACACAGAUCUGGAGCCGGGUACCAGUCCGGCGUCUCUGUGCACAUGGCCUCUCCCAGUGGUAUCUGGGUCUUCCUCACUGCUUGAUUGGAGACCCACACUUGGUGAUCUGCAUGGACUGCUCAGCAGACACCAUGACCAACCGCCUUCUCCAAAGGAACCAGAGCAGCCAGCACGUAGAUGACACCACCAAGACCAUUGCCAAGCGCCUGGAAACCUACUACCGAGCGUCCAUUCCUGUGAUGGCCUACUAUGAGACAAAAACAAAGCUUCAAAAGGUAAAUGCAGAGGGAACACCAGAAGAAGUUUUUCUUCAACUCUGCACAGCUAUUGACUCUAUUUUCUGA